CAAAACCAAAAAACAAAACAACAAAAUCCAAGCACAAACAAAAACAGAACGCAUCAAAGCGAGCAAUCAGCGCCAACGUCAAGCAGUCAAUCCAUCAAUCAAUCAAUCAGUAUCAACAAAAACAACUACAAACGAUAACAAUGCUGAAAAUACAUAUGCUGGAGCAGGUCGUCAACACGGACAACAACGUUUGCGAGAAUGCGUCUGUCGCUGCGGCUGCUGCUGCCCAGGAGCUGUCACCCAAGCGCAAAGUAGCCAUCGCAGCGGGUGGCAGUGGGGGUGGUGGCAGUGGUGGUGGUGGUGGUGGUGGUGGCAGCUCCUCCUCCUCGAAGAGUACCCCAACCGUUUCGGCAACAUCGUCGCCGCAUCAUCAGCCGACGCCACCGCAGCGACACAUUCACACAGCGGCUGCGGUCGCAGCUGGCAAAUGCUUCAGCCAGGGAUCCUCACCAGCCGGACGUCAGCAUGCCUUCAUGGCGGGUACCCAGAAGCAACAGCCCGGCAAUGCCGGCUCUACGGGCAGCGUCACCCACAGUCCGGAAAGAUUGCGAGGUGCCACACAUGAUCUCUUUGAGCUGCUGGAGCGUGUGCAGUGCUCAAGAUUAGAUGAUCAGCGCUGUGUUCUACCAGCAUACUUCUCACAGCAUCAUCGCGGCAGCAAUGCGAGUGAGGAGCGUGUGCCACAGCCACAUUCACCGCACGAUGGCAUCGCCCACAAUGGCGGUGGAGUGCAACAUUCGGGAUCGAGGCCAACGUUGCGCCAUCCCAUGAAUCAGUCCGGUAGCUCCAUCUCUGGGUCUGCGUCCAGCUCGACACCGGCAUCGCCGCAGCUGAGCGGUGUGGUGAGUGCGACAGGCGGCCAGCUGCUGUCCAAUGGACACCAUUAUCAGUCACAUUCGUCGGUAUCGUCGAACUCAUCGAUUGUGUCGGCCAUACCCGCCUCGCAGCGUCUGCUCGAGGAUGCGUUGACCAAAUCGGCGCCAUAUCCGAUGAUCCUGUUGCCGCUGCACGGCGGCUACUGGCUCGAUGGCACCGAGCACGAGUGCAGCUACGAUGCCCGUGGCAAUCCCCAGCUGCCCCAAACCACCUGGAUGGCCAAAUUCGAGACGGAUGACACGGCCAAGUGCUAUCGCCGUUUCUAUGCGGCACGCGAGCACUCCAAUCUCGUUGGCCACGACGAACAGCUGGGCCCCGUGCUCAUCUCGAUCAAGACGGAGAAUGUGGCGAAUCAGGAGCAUUUGCGAAUACUUCUACGUCUGCGCACCGGCACCAUGCACGAACUAAUGCCCGUCUACUGUCUGGGCGCCCAACCCAGUCCGGCCAAGAUGGUGCGGCUGCUCAACGAACAUCUUCAGGUGGACAACUUUAUGCCCGUACUGUGCCCGAAGGCAUCGCAACUGAUCAAGGUGUAUGAUGAGCAUGUGCUCGUCUCACACUUCAAGUUCGGUGUGCUGUACCAAAGAUAUGGCCAGACCACCGAAGAGGAGCUCUUUGGCAACCAGCAGACAUCGCCGGCCUUCGAGGAGUUCCUCGAUGUGCUCGGCCAGCGCAUUCGGCUCAAGGAGCACAAGGGCUAUCGCGGCGGCCUGGAUAUACAGAAUGGGCACACGGGCGACACUGCCGUCUAUGAGGUGUUCAAGGAGCGUGAGGUGAUGUUCCAUGUCUCCACACUGCUGCCACACACCGAGGGCGAUCCGCAGCAGUUGCAGCGCAAGCGGCACAUUGGCAACGACAUCGUUGCGAUCGUGUUCCAGGAGACGAACACACCCUUCUCGCCGGACAUGAUUGCCAGUCACUUUCUGCACGCGUUCAUUGUGGUGCAGCCGGUCGAGCCGAAUACGCCGCACACCCGUUACAAGGUCAGUGUAGCGGCACGGGAUGAUGUGCCCUUCUUUGGGCCAACGCUGCCCAGCCCGGCUGUAUUCCGCAAGGGUCAGGAGUUUAAGGAGUUUCUGCUUACCAAGCUGAUCAAUGCGGAGAACGCCUGCUACAAGGCCGAGAAGUUUGCCAAGCUGGAGCUGCGUACGCGCACCUCCCUGCUACAGAACCUCGUCGAGGAGCUCAAGGAGAAGACGCGCGACUUUCUCGGAGCUGAUAUGUCGCAGACACUCGCCGGUAGUCCCACCCCCGAGACACCCAAAUCCGAGAGCGGCGGCGGCGGCGGCAAUGCCGGCUCCCGUUUCAUAGACACCGUAAAGAAGGCACUCAUCAUGCGUGUGCGUUCCCAGAGCGUUGACACUGGCAACGGGGGGCAUCCCGACAAGCUGAUCGGCCACAACAAGGGUGGCACCCUCAACUCCAAGAAGGAGCCACAACCAGAGACCCAAACGCCCAAUCUCAAUACCUGCAGUCGUACGGCCUCCAAGUCGUCAUCAAAGUCGAAAUCCUCGAAUGAAUCCACAUCCUCGUCGCCGGACAUCACUUCGCGACAGGCGAACAACAACAACAACAAUAUUAACAGUGGACAUCCCUCAACCGCUGGCGGAGUCGUUCAACAAAAUGGCAGCGGCAUUGCUGCUGUUGCCGUCAGUGCCGCCCAGAAUGGCGGUAUUGUGGGCGUGGCCGUGGCCACGAUGUCCGAGACGAGCGAUGAUUCCAGUCUGAAUAGCGUCGAUCUGGAUCCAAUGAUGGGCCAUUUGGAUGGCGGUGCCGCCUACAUUGAUAGCGACACGGGCCUGGAGAGCAUGAGCUCAGCGGAGGCAACCACAAAGGCCUGUUCCCUGUGCCUCGAUGGUGUGCAGAGCACCAUGAUGGGCAGCUCGCCGAGCAACGAGACGAUCAUGGUGAUUGAGAAUCUGCGACAAGAGGUCACGCGGCUCAAGUGCGACAAACUCGAUCUUCUGCGUCAGAAUGUGACCUGCCAGCGCGACAUAAAGCGACUGCGGGAACGGGAACUUUCACUGCAGGGCGAUCUUGCUGCCGCCGGACGUGAGAUUCUGCGGCUGCGGGAUCUACUCAAGGAAUACAUGCCGGAUACGGCAACGGCGCCGCUCUCCAUAUCGCCCAUCUAAAGUGCGUCUAACGCGAUAAGACAGAAAAUGGGGAAGAAAAAGAAACCACCUCCCUUCACAUAUACAAAGGAAGUCGGAAGAGAGGGGAAGCAGAGGGAACCACUGUGCCGUGUAUAACACUUUGGAAGAGCGUCGUUUUUUUGUUGUUGGAUUAGUUACGGGGCAGGCCCGCAGCAAAACUGUAUUAUAAUUAGUUUGGAUAGCUGUUAAAACUCGAAGAGAAAGUAGAAUGCGGUUUGAGAAGCUGAAAGAUCGAAGCAGAAGGCGAAGUUGAAUUAUUAUUACAGUUAGCAUACACAUAUAUGUAUAACAGUUACAAACUAAAAAAACAAAAAAACAAAAAGAAAAAACACGUAAAAACGAAUCAACACAGAACACAAAACUCAAAAAGGUACACCAAAUAUAUAGUAUUUAAGUCUUUAAGCAUAUUUAACGCAAUGUUAACCCCCCCACAUCCCCAAAAAUAAUCCCCACAGAUGCAAAACCAUAAUCCUUAACAUAAGUAGAAAGAGAGCGAAUGAUAGAGAGAGAGAGAGAGAGGGGAGAGAGAGAGAGAGAGAGAGAGAGAGCGAGCUAUCGAUUAGCGUACAUCACAGUUACAGUUACAGGUUAAAGUUCAAACACUCGCUGCAUACAAAUUAAUUCCACGAUAAUCAACACGAUUUAAAUUCAAUUCAAUUAAAUGUAGCAAUGUCUUUUUGUGUGUGGCUUACAAAACCCUAUUUUGGAGUCGCACCUGGCAACCCUGUGACUCUCGUUUUAUUCAUCACAAACCUCAUCAGCACUUUAUAACCAAUUACAAAAAAAAAAUGGGAAAACAAAAAAGCAGAAAACACGAAAUAUAACUAAAUUACUACAUAGAAGUAUAUAUAUAUAGAAUGAUAUACACCAUCUAUUAUGUAUAUGUUUUAAAGUUAAAACCCUCGAUAAUUUUUAGCUGCAAUCGAUAAAUAAUAAGCAGAAAACAACCAACCAACUCUUAACAUUAAGUCUAAGUUGCUUUAAAUACUUCUAACGAAUUACGUUAAAUAUUUAAGUUGGAAGCAGUGGUCCACGAGAGAUGACUCAGCAUAUAAAAAGAAAAACAAAUGCGAAAAAUAACUGCUACUUCCAUUGUACAUAUAUUAUUUACAAAAGCAUAAUUCUCGAUCUACCGAUCUAACGUAACGUAAAAUUAACUAUGCGAUUAAUGACUAUUUAAUAAAAUGCUGAUAUCGAUGAACAAUUCAAACCCAAACAAAAAUGUGCAAGAUUUUCGGAUAUACUAGUUAAAUACAAAAAAAAAAAAAAUAAUAAAAUGAACACACACAUUUAGCAUACAAAAUUAAAGAGCUCUUUUCGAGUUAUCGACACAAAUUGAUCUAUGAAUUCUACCAUAAGUACCACAAAUUGUUUUUGUUGAGAAGCAUCAUCAUUUUUAUUGUGUAAAAUUA